AUGGAGAGUGACACCAAAACGGCUCCGGACUCCGCAGAAGUGUCUCUGCGCAGCCCUGGCGAGCCGGAAACGACCAUACUGGAAGAGCAGCGGACGGGUAUCGUAGCUAAACUGAGCGCCGCAUCGGCUGCCGUUGCUGUGGCGGCUUCCGAAAAGUCCACCACCGACCAGAGCACCUUUGCCGGCAAUUUGGAGAGUGCGCUCAAGGAGAAGAACGUUCCGAUUCAGAAGAAACUCUCCCAGGAGGAGGAUGAAGGUGUCGAGGGGGAGGAGGAGGAGAUAGAGGAAGAGGUUGAAGAAGAGGUUGAGGAAGAGGAGGAAGAAGAGGAAGAAGAGGAGGUGUCUGUAGAGGAGCAGAAGAAAACAGGUGAUCCACAGCCUCCGGUAAGUAAGCCUUCGAACGAAGAGCCUGUGAAACAACUGCCCGUCGAGUCAACGGCAAGUGCAGCAGAAGUCCAAAAAGAUGGACCAGCUGCUGGAGAAUCUGUAGUCGAUGCCUCUAGUAAGGACGCGCCUACCCAAGAGCCUAAAGAAGAGAAACAAGCAGAUCCGUCCACUGACGAACCAGAUUCAUCGAAGGUGUCGUCGCUGGAAGUGGCUGCUGUCGGAGCGUCAGUCGGCGACCAAGAUUCAACGCUCGAGUCGAAAGAGCAUGGCGAUAGGCCCAUGGUGCCACCGCAGACUUACCUCUGGGAGGAGGUUAAGAAGUCCAAGGAACAGGGAGGGUAUCCAUGGACACAUUUGUACAAAGGAGACCUGGAGGAAGGUGCAGAAGGUGCACAACCGCCAACGGUCGAAUCACCUGCAUCGAACCGGCGUCGCAAAGGUGAAGAGCAAACCGUAGAGGAGGAGGAAGAUCUUUCUGCCGAGAAGAAGGUUAAGGUACAGAAUGGAGAACAUCGCGCAACCGAGGAUCACCCGAUGGAUGUCGAUGAGGCGACCACAUCGAAUGGACAUUGCGAAGAGCCACAGGCAGACCAGGCUACCGCUGGUCCGAGUGAAUCGAAGCCACAGUCUCCACGACGCAGCAGAAAGCGGGCAGCAUCCCACGAACCGGAAACGGGUAGUCGGCAUUCGGUUAAGGAAGAGAUCAAACACUUCCUCGAUGGGCAUCCGUCUAUUCGUAGCUUCAGCAACAGUCUCACCCGUCAGGGCAAGAAAACGCGCACCUUCGUUAGCCGUUCGCUGGAACGGGCCAAAUCGAUGGCCGAUCGCCAGAUCGAUCGGGCCCGGGUGCAGAUGAACACGCUGCGCCGCAAGAAGGCUGCAUCGGAACCGCGCGGAUUUCCGGAUCAAAAGAUUCUGAAUCUGCGGGAAUCGCCACGGUUGAACAAUCGCGAAAUUCCGGCCUAUGUUGUGCGUCAACCGAGUGACGAGGUGAUUGAAGUAGUGGACGAAGAUAAAAUUGUGAAGGUAACGGUGGAAACGGAAGCAUCCAACAGUACCGUGGUUGUGCCGGAUGAAAUCAUAGAGCUGAUGCAGGAUCAAGCGGAUCGACCGGUGGAGUCAGCGGAAGAACCAAUGAUGGUCGUGGAGGUAUCCGCCCCGACCACAGCCAUUCCACCGGUAGUUGAGGAUGAUCGCUAUGAAAUAAUUGAACCACCAAAGACGGAGGUUGCGGCAAGCGUGGAACAACAACCACCACCGGUUGUUGAGUCUCCGAUCGUACCCGUGAAAGCGAAACCACCGCAGAAAGCACCUCGCAAGAAGAAGGAACAUCAUUAUGAAGAUAUUGAAGAUUUUGAGCCGCAAUCGACGAAGGACGCAACACCGGAACCCACAGUACCGGGCGUUGAUCAAAAACUGCAGCGUCAGGAACACAUCAAGGAAGAAGGGCUAGAUCCAAUCAUUGGGGAGAUGCUGGGCAAUGACAAGAUCAAGAUAUCACUUCAACUUCAGGACGAAAAGUUCGUAGACGACAUGUUCGGCCGGAGAAAGCAUCUGGACGAGAUACUGCAACAAUCGUCCGAAGACGAACGGGAAAAGGAACCGGUGAAACUGGCGAGCAAAGGUCUGCUGGCGCCCAUAUCGUCGAUCGAUUCAACGUCCUCGGACGAGGAGGCUCGCCGCUCGCACCUGAGCACACUGGCAGAGGAAAGCGAUACGGGCAGCAUCGAUGGAGGUACUCCGUGCAAGAAGCAGGACUCGCUGAAAGAAUCGGAGCUGCCACCGGUGGAGGAGUGCAGCAAAGAGUUGGAACUGACGCCCGCCGAGGAACGUCUGCUGAUGGAAGCGGAAAAGACGAAGGCAGACAGUUCGCCCAAACAGGACGCCAGUCAACCGGCAGAACCGGAAUCAGCCGUACCGGUGGUGGACACGGAACAACCGAAGGUUGACACUCGUUGGUCAAAAAUGAGGCAAGUGUAUUCUACGGUCUAG